GCUGGAGUGUGAACUACUCACUCUAUUUGCAUUAUUAUUAUUACCUCUUUAUUUCUACUUUUUUCAAUAACAAACAUUUCUCACUAUCCUAAUUAUGGAAAAUCCAUUCCCUCUUUUACUUCUUUCAAUUCUUACGGUUUUGGCUAAACAAGCAUUUGCUUCUUCUUUGGAAGAAGCUUCAACCAUUGUAUCAAGCUACGGACAACCUAAAAUCAAACUGAACAAAAUAGACUAUUGUUGGAGAGCCAAACUACUACCAAUAUGGUCAGCAAAUCGUCGUGCCUUAGCUGAAUGUGCUGUAGGGUUCGGUAAGGAUGCUGUUGGAGGUACACAUGGUGCAACAUACAUUGUAAUAGACUCGUCAGAUGAUCCGAUCCAUCCGAAACCCGGUACACUUCGAUAUGGCGCAGUUCAAAAGGAACCCCUGUGGAUAAUGUUUAACAAGGAUAUGGUUAUAAUACUGAAAACUGAACUAAUGAUAAACAGUUUUAGAACUAUAGAUGGAAGAGGAGUUAACGUGGAAAUUGCUUAUGGACCUUGUAUUGUUAUGCACGAUGUAAACAACAUAAUAAUACAUGGGAUUCGUAUUCAUGAUUGUGUGCCAGGAAAACAAGAAAUUGUUCUUAGCUCACCGGGGCAUAUAGUCCAUCGAUUACGAGAUGGUGAUGGAGUUGAUAUAUUUAACUCCUCACAUAUUUGGAUUGAUCAUUGUUAUCUUGCAAGAUGUACGGAUGGUCUUAUUGAUCUCAUCCAUGGAUCCACUGCCAUUACUAUUUCAAACAACUACUUCACUCAGCAUGACAAGGUGAUGUUACUAGGCCACAACGAUCAUUUCAAGGGUGACAAGGUUAUGAAAGUUACAUUAGUCUUCAACCACUUCGGCCCUGGUUUAGUGCAGAGGAUGCCAAGAGUAAGAAGGGGGUAUGCUCAUGUUGCGAAUAAUAGGUACGAUGAGUGGUUGAUGUACCCCAUUGGUGGGAGUGCAAAUCCUACAAUCUUUAGCGAAGGGAACUACUUUACUGCAUCCAACAAUUCCGGCAUCAAAGAGGUAACGAAGAGAGAGAGUGAUAGUGGGUGGAAACAGUGGAAAUGGAGGUCAUAUAACGAUGAAUUCGAAAAUGGAGCUUUUUUUGUUGAAUCCAGUUGGGGAAAUUGUGCUCCUAACUACACUCAAUCUCAAACAUUCAAGGUUUAUAAAGGAUCAAUGGUGCCUACUCUAACAUCAUAUGCCGGUCCUCUGAGAUGUACAGCUGGAUACCGAUGUUAAAUACUAUUAAAAAUGAUUUUGAGGUCCACCUUUCUAAUUUUCUAUGGAAUUUCUCUUCCUUGUUAAGUAAGGAUACCAAAAUGUGUGAAAUUAUGAACACUAACUUUUCUUUUAUAAGAACCAUAAUGUUGUUUGGUUAGCAAACAUAAUUAAUAGGUACUGAAAUUCACUAGAAAGAAAUUGUACUGCCUAUUCUGAAACCAAAUAAAUCAGUAACUUUCUUUUAAUUUUGUUGGAAAAGAAAGAUUCAAAAGAGGUACCUGGUUGU